AUGGCUAUUCGCCUGGUUGACCCCAAGCUCCAUAUCUGGUAUCAACCCUCAAUUCACCGUGACGCAAAUGGCAACAAAGUAAAAUUGGGACGUGUUGCGAAAGGAUGUUUAUACGAUCGAAACAACAACUGUCUUACCGGUAAUAACACGGUGAAAAAGCUCACGAAAACCUCGCCGUUGUGCUCCGUUCAUCAGGAAAAUUCGUCUGUGCCACUCGGAGAAAGCAUCACUGAAGCAGCAGUUACUGCGUACGAGGAAACAAAGAGGUGGUUCAAGCACCAUCACGACGAAUGGGAAGCAGUAAAAAAGCGUUGGACGGCAACCAGUGCGAUUCGUUUGUAUGAAAUAGGCAAACAGAAACAGUCGUCGUUUCAGUGCAUUUUGGAAGAGUAUCCGGUGCUACGAUCAUGUGAUGGUUACCAGCUUGUUAAAAUAGACUUCUGCCAGAAAUAUCCUGCAAAAUCGGAUCUACUAUUUAAUCGUUUCCUGGAUUUCCGCACCCGUGCACAAGUGGUUUUCUGUAGCGAAGCGUCACCGCAGUGCAAACCGCUGUGUGAUUUCCUACAGGAAAAUUUAACUGAUGAUUCACGUGAUUGCAUAACAACGCUGCUUAUCUUCUACAUCUGGCCAAGUACAUUCAUGCGCCUUCCAAACGGAACAAAGUGGAAGCCAUCCCACCGGGAAGUGGCUGAAAGUUCCAUAAUCUUCCUGAAAUCUUUAAUCGACUUUGAGACAGAACUGUCACGGCUCAGCAAUCAGAACAGGAAAAGAGGUUUGCCCGACUAUCCCGUUAUUGUCGUAGUCGGGGAGGGAAUCACGAGUGUUGGCCAAUUCUUCGUAUGUUUCAAAGAUAUCGCGUAUAAAGCUGAGACCUUUUUAAAAGCUGUGGACAUAACCUUUAAGAUCUACACUGCUUAUGGAAUAACGUUCCCACCAGAGGCAACAGGGCCUUGGCAGUUUAUUGCAAGCUAUUUAUACGACUUUGAAAUACCUGACGACUGCCAUAGAGCCAGGAUCCUCACACUCACAUCAACCCUUCGUAAUCACCUCACUCCAGCGUUGGCUUCAACAUGAUCACAUGUUUCAUUCCCGGCUGCAGCUGGAAGGCAACGUGCCCAGCACUUUACAGCUUGCACCUACGACGACUGCAUGAGCCGAUCGAUGUUUAUACGUGUUCGGAGCAUAACUGUGGAAGAAGAUUCAAUGUGAGAUGUUCUUAUAUUAAUCACAUUAAAAAACAUAUGAGAAAUAACGUUGAGAGUAGAAAGCAUAGAGAACAUAGGAUCACUGUAGGUGAAUUGAAUCCAAUAGAAUUUGAAACAGAUAAUACUAAUGAUACUAUAAGUACAAUAGAAGUCGUCGAACAAGAAGAGAAAGAUGAUCAAAAUGAACCGAGAGAACUAAUAUGCAUUGAAAAGCUAUCGCAGGAAUUCGGUCGUUUGAGUGUAGGAUUCAAUUUGAAAUGGUUAAACAAAAGUUCUGUUACUCGUAAGCUAGUUUUUGAAUUUCAAGAAGAUGUCCGUGACAAUAUUUUAAAGCCAAUUCAGGAUGUCGUAGAAAUAAUGUCUGAGUCGGGGCUCAUUUCGACGUUAGCAAAAAAUGCUUUAUCUUCAAUGUUUUCGAUGUUUUCGAAUGUACAAUCAGAAUAUUAAUUCGUUCGUCAAUUAAAAGCAAUGCAACUGUAUGAAGAUCCCAUUAUCUUUACUAUCAGUAAUGAGUUGAGACCAGGAGUGAUUCACCAUAAACUUGAUAUGAUCGCUGAUGAAGUGAAAGGUGUUCUUAUGCCAAUUUGCUUCCAACUGAAGAAAUACUUGGAAUCUCCAAACAUGCUGGAUACAAUAAUUAAAAAUCUAAAGCCAUCUCAAGAUGGGGUAAUAAAGUCAUUGAUUGAUGGCCAAAUAUGGUCAGAAAAAGUG